AGUGCCAGGUGCCACCUCCUGCAUGCAGCUUGGGAGUGUAGGAGGGCACGGUGGCUGUCACUUCCCUGCGGUGAGGGGACACGUGCCGGCUGGGGACACGGACACGGACACGGCGGGAGCACAGCAGUGUGGGGAAAAGCACAGCUCCGAAGCAAGGAGAGCCCUGACAGGCAGAAGAGAGAGCAGGGCAGUAAGGAGCUGGGCCGAGCGCUAAGCAACCCCUAUGCCACUGUGCCUGAAGGCUGCUGCCAGCAUGAGGGACUACUGCCCCGUGUCGGUGCCCCGGUAUGGCCGGUACACCCCGCGCCUGAGGGCCUCGCGCACUGUGCACUUCCCCAACGACGUCGUCUUUCAGGACCACAUCAAGCAGGGGGACCUGGAACAGGUGGGCAGGUUCAUACGAGCCAGGAAGGUGACGCUGGACACCAUCUACCCCUCUGGCAUGGCAGCUCUUCACGAGGCUGUGCUGACGGGAAACCUGGACUGUGUCAAGCUCCUGGUGAAAUACGGCGCCGACAUCCACCAGAGAGAUGAGAACGGCUGGACGCCCCUGCACAUGGCCUGCAGCGAUGGCUACGCUGACAUAGCCAGGUACCUCCUGUCCCUCGGCGCCAGCCUGGAGGCCACCACCGACGACGGGGAGAAGCCCUCGGACCUCAUCGACCCCGAGUACGAGGACCUGGUGCAGCUCUUCGGAGCCACCGCGCUGCGCUGAGGCGGGCGCGGCGAGGAGCGGCCCCGAGGGCCGGGGCGGCGGGGCUGCGCCCACCCGAGGGCCGGGGCUGGGCCCAGGCUGGGCCUGGGCGGCGGCCGGGCAGCGGCGCCCGGUACCGCGAAUCGGGAACCACUUUGUACUUUUCCAAUAAAGCAUCUCGGUCACCGCC